GUAGACACCCUGGAAGCGCCCGGAGAACCGCGGAUAUCCACGCGGCACGGAUGCUUCGUGACCCGCGGCAGGUGCGAAGAGACGGCGGGAGAACCGGCGGCAGCCACCGGCCGAGUGCUGUUGGUCAAGAAGAUCAUCAUGAAGGACGGAGCUGGGCUCCAGCAGGGCAUCGGCAGGCCCAGCGUGUAUCAUGCCGUGGUGGUGAUCUUCCUGGAGUUUUUCUCCUGGGGUUUACUCACCACACCCAUGCUCACUGUUUUGCAUGAAACAUUUCCCCAGCACACAUUCCUGAUGAAUGGACUCAUUCAGGGCGUGAAGGGUCUGCUGUCAUUCAUGUCUGCGCCUCUGAUUGGUGCGUUGUCAGACGUAUGGGGCAGGCGGUCCUUCCUUUUGGUCACCGUCUUCUUCACCUGUGCUCCAAUCCCUCUGAUGAGGCUCAGCCCCUGGUGGUACUUCGCCAUGAUCUCCAUGUCUGGAGCUUUCUCCGUGACUUUCUCAGUCAUCUUCGCCUACGUUGCCGAUGUUACGGAUGAGAGAGAGAGGAGUACAGCCUAUGGUCUGGUGUCGGCCACCUUUGCAGCCAGCCUGGUGACGAGCCCGGCCAUCGGAGCGUACCUUUCCGCCUGGUACGGGGACAAUCUGGUGGUUCUGGUGGCCACGCUGAUCGCUCUGGCUGACAUCUGCUUCAUCCUGCUGGCCGUGCCCGAGUCUUUGCCUGACAAGAUGAGGCUCAGCAGCUGGGGGACGCCCAUUUCCUGGGAGCAGGCCGACCCAUUUGCUUCUCUGAGGAAGGUGGGUCAGGACUCCACAGUCUUACUGAUCUGUAUCACCGUGUUCCUGUCUUACCUACCUGAGGCCGGACAGUACUCCAGUUUUUUCCUUUACCUGAGACAGGUCAUAAACUUCUCCUCAACGACCCUCGCUGUUUUUAUAGGAGUUGUGGGCAUUCUGUCCAUUGUAGCUCAGACUCUCUUCCUCACUCUGCUGAUGAGAACUCUGGGUACUAAAAACACUGUUCUGUUAGGUUUGGGCUUCCAGAUCCUUCAGCUGGCCUGGUACGGCUUUGGAUCAGAGCCAUGGAUGAUGUGGGCUGCUGGUGCUGUAGCAGCGAUGUCCUCCAUCACCUUCCCAGCAGUUUCUGCUUUGGUGUCACAGUCUGCUGAUCCCGAUAAACAAGGCGUAGUGCAGGGGAUGAUCACAGGCAUCAGAGGUCUGUGUAACGGCCUCGGCCCAGCUCUGUACGGAUUCAUCUUCUUUCUCUUCAACGUCGAGUUUAAUUCCAUGGACCCCAUCCAGGGAGACUACAACAUCGACCCCCUGCCACUGCACAGUCCCACUGAGCGUGCACUAAUCCCAGGCCCGCCCUUCCUGUUAGGGGCAUGCACCGUGGUCAUCGCUUUCCUUGUCGCUCUCUUCAUCCCUGAGAAAACCUCCUGCUCCUCCUCUUCCUCCCAGCUGUCCCUCAGUGACAAGCCCCACCCUGACAGUAAAGAGUCCAUGUCCUCGCUGGCCGGUGUCCACAUCAACACGCCGCUGCCAGGCAGCGAUGAGGAGAGCCCGCCCGCAGCCUGCGACGCGGACUUUGAGCCGCUGCUGCAUGACAGCAUCGUUUGAUGGACAGGUGGAGGGCGGGGCUAAAGGCGUGGUUUGAUCGAGUGACGCUUUGUAACAAAGAACACAUUUUUUUGCCGUCCGGCAGAACUAAGUGUACUUUUACUGAUUGGCUGGAGGGAGCUAUUUGCUGGAAGGUGGGACUAACAUUUUUAUUCACAGAUCUGUGACAUCAUGUGACCAGUGAGGUAAUGAUUCGUCAAAGAGCUGCGGACAAGAUGUCAUCAUGCGAUCGGAGAGAGGAAUCAAAGACGAUUAGUUGCCUGACAGGAAACAAGAGGAGGGACCAAGUUUUGUGUAGUUUCUUGUUUUUUUGGGUUUUUUUAAUGGAGAAGGAGGCGUGGCUGGUUUAGGAUCUGCCCACUUUAACAGAAAGUAUAUUUGAAGUUUUCACUGAAGGGUUUUUGUUUAUCUUUAAUCUUUAAGAAAAGGUGUUUUUACCUUUUAGCUGUAUCAUUCUGACGCUGUGUUUUUCUCUGGUUCUCGUACAAAAGAAACACGUCUGCAUCGUAUUUAAGGCAGCCAAAACAUCUGUGUUGAUUUAUACUCUCUCUUUUUAUUGUUGUUGUUGUUAAGGUUUCUUUUUUAGUUACAGGUAAUGCUAUUUUUUUAAAUUUUUUUUAAUUGUACAGUAUCUUACUUGCUAUGAACUAAGAGUGCUAACUGAGGUGUGAAUGUGACAAGCUGAGAGACGAGUCAUCCACCUGAAAUAUCAAUUUAAUCUUUUUGUUUCUUUCCUUCUUUAAAUGUAAACCAGAGCAAAACUAAGGCUCAGGCGAUCCAAAAGAUGCAGAUAAUUUUUUAAAAACUUUUUAUUCUCAACAGAGCCUCUUCACCACAUAGAUUUUACUUUUAUUUUUCCCACUUUAGUGUACCAGUUUGUGACUCUACCUCACAAUCAACCUUGUUUUUCUUAUCUUCCAUCACUUGUGUUUUAUUUUUUUAUCUUUCAAAGUCACUUUAUAAAAGUGCUGCUGGCUGCUGGCAGUGGGAACAUCCUCACACGGUUGUACCUGUGGCCACCCAGUGUCUUUGCCUGUCUUCUUCUCUUCAACUGGGUGCUUUGCCUCCCUGUAUUUUCAUGCAAGUUUUACUUUUAACUUGCAAAAAUACUGCCGACACGAGGUGUAUGUGUUUCCCCUGGCAGCAGUGAUAAUUCCUGUGAAUGAACUUAUACUUGAAGCACCGGAGAGAGAUUCUACAAGAGCUUUAGAGAAGAUUUCCAACGUAUGCUGAGGAGUUUAAAAGUGUAUAAAUGGCACAGAGUGUACAUAGUGACUGGCUUUAUGACCUUAAAAUGUAAAUGUACAUGUGAAUGAUAUUAUGGUUUGUAUAUAUUGUCACUGAACUGUGGGAUUGGCUUGCUUGUUGUGGUUGUGUGGUAGCUCAGUGGGAUGAGUGUGGGGUGGUUCGACUACGCAGCUAAACUGUUAUACAAGACCAACAGUCAUUUUUAAAUUCAUUCAGGUCACACGGACAACCAGUCCAUUUUCUCGUUCUUACACCUGAGUAUAUUUACCUGCACACUAGUAUCCCAAUGAUCAGUAUUUAUGUGAAACUCAAAGUUUCACCCACCAAACAGGUUUUGACUUUCUGGAAAAAAAAAAAAACAACCCAAAAAACACAUCAGCUUUUAAUUUACUCAAACUUAAUUAACAGGAAGUACUUCCUGUUAAGAAAAGUAAAACAGACUUUUUGCCUUAACCACUGCAGACCAGUCAUUCUUAUGCGUAAACCCCCCCUCCACACACACACACACACACACACACACACAAAGGCACAAAUAUUCACCCAAACAGCAGAAGUUAGGAAGAGGAGUACGACCAGUACCUGGAGUGGAGUUAAAAUGGCACAUUUUCUGAAUUUACCAGGAAGUCCUUGCUCCUAUUUUUUUUUUUUUGUUCUGUCUCUGCUAACAAUAAGCUUGUCUUCCAUUUCUGGCUAAUGUCCUCACCCUACAGGAGAAAGUCAGCUUAUUGGGAUCAAACAUAUUUUUUCUUAAAGCUGAAAUAUUUUUACAUUGCAAGGAUAAGUAUUUUCUUCCUCUCAUGGCAUCGAGUGUGAAACAGAUAAAACUCGCACUUUCCCGUUAAGCAUAUAUUUGGUCAUUUUUAGACCAUGAAGCAUCUAUUUUACCUGAGCCUGUUCUACUCAUUUCCAGCUCUGUAUGUAUUACUCUUCAACUUCAGUUUUGCAUGAUUCAUGGGUCAAAAUAGUCCCUGUUUAUCUUAUACGAGGCCUUUGUGCAGCUAAGUUGAUCUUUUACUUUAAAUCUUAGCCAAACUUAUGGCUAAAUCGUAUUGGGAAGUCCAAUCAUUUUUCUUAUUUUUACCAAGGUCUUUGAGCGAGCCAGCCUUUUUCUGAUUGGCUUCCCCUCACUAACAAAAACUUGACCAGCACGUGGGUGGGGCUUCUAUGCUGAUAACCAUAUAAGGACCCUCUCUUUGACAUCAUACAGAGCGAAGAGCAGAAAAAAACAUAUGUACCAAACACUUAGAGCCGUUUAAAAUUGCUUGUACAUACAAUGUUUGUACCUCAAUGUUUGAGACUUUGGCUUUAUUUAUUAUAAACAUUUGUCACUUGGAAGAACAGAAAAGCAGAAUAGGUCCACCUUAAUGAAAUCAAAUGGUGCUGGAUAAAAGCUACCUUAUCUGCUAUUUUUUUUAGCCUUCUUCAUUAAAUGAACUCUAAAAUUCAUUUCAGGGUGACUGAGUUUCAAGUACAAACAGAGCCCAGAUCCUAGCCAGGGUAUUAGUGUGUAUGUGAACACUGAGGUUUAAUUGAUCCUCCACUGCAUACACUCAGUUCCUUCACCAGCAGUCCAGCUGACUCUACAGUGUAAAUAUUGUACAUGGACAGGACACGUGUACAUGGGUCGUACACUGUAAAUACACAUUGUCUAUCGUCUUGUCUGGAAGUGUACAAGCCAGUCGUUGGUUAUUGGAAAUAAAAGCAGUUCAACAACA